AGAAAAAUAUGUAUGGCAUUGAACUUGGAGACUUAGAGAAAGGAACACAGGCAACACAGGCUGAGAUCAUCGCAGAAAUGAAUCGUGAUAGGCAUGAAGAGAAUGCUUACGAAAAGAUUAACGAGCCAAAUGAGACAAAUGCCGCCAUUCAGACACGCUACGGCGAUAUCAUAGCCGAAACGGGAGCUCCUGCAGUUGAAAAAUACCUCAAUAAGUCCCUCAGUGAUAAAAACAAAUCAGCAACAAAUGGUCAUGCUUGGGUAGCUGCAGAAGGAGCAGUCAGUAGUAAACAAGAUAGAAAUGAAAAUAUUGAUGAUAAUGGAAAAUUGGACGACAUGACUCCUAUGCCACCACCUCCACCACCCCCGGUUGAGUUUUCAGAAGUGGACGUUCAUAGAGACGAUUGGCAGAAGGACGAUUUUCCAGAACCACCAUCGUCACCACUGGACUUGGACGUAGCAGCAGAAGAGGCAACGUCGGAAUUAGUUAACCUUGUCAAAGAACAGGCAGCAGAACUCGAAAACACCGGCAUUGACAACCAAGCAUUCCAACCUGAUGAUGGAACAAUAAGGACAGAAUUAUGAAUUGAACACUAAAAAAUAGAAAAGUUUAAAUAUAA